UUUUCCACCUUCGCUGUGGGACCGCAUGGAGUCGAGCAUGGACGGUUGCGAUGUCAGAAAAAAAGCAGCCGGUAGACUUGGGUCUCCUGGAGGAGGAUGACGAGUUCGAGGAGUUUCCUGCCGAAGAUUGGGCUGGUUUGGAUGAAGAUGAAGAUGCACAUGUCUGGGAGGAUAACUGGGAUGAUGACAAUGUAGAAGAUGACUUCUCCAAUCACUUACGAGCUGAACUAGAGAAACAUGGUUAUAAGAUGGAGACUUCAUAGCAUCUAGCAAAUAUUGAAGUAAACUUGAACUGUACACUAAAUUCUAGGACAAAGAAACCAGGAUGAGAUAUUUCUAAAAAAUAUAUGCAUUGUGUAUUUCAUU